CCGCACUCCGGUUCCGCCAUUUCCGCCGUUUUUGGAACUCAGUUAUUUAUUUAAUUUCUUUCUCAAUCCUUUCUCGUAGACUCACUGCCAAUACUUACGAUGGAGUCCUCCUCUAAUAUCCGUAUCAUCACGACUCUUGGACACGUUGAUCAUGGAAAAACCACACUCAUGGACUCCCUUCUCGCUGCAAACAACAUAAUCUCAUCCAGGAUGGUUGGCAAAAUGCGAUACCUUGAUAGUCGGGAAGAUGAACAAGAAAGAGGGAUCACAAUGGAAACCAGCGCAGUUUCUCUCAAAUUUCAAGUGUUCGGUUCUGGCCCAAAUGGAGAAAGAUCCCCGAUAUCAUAUAUGGUGAAUAUGGUCGAUACACCUGGUCACGUCGAUUUCUCCAGCGAAGUCUCAAUUGCAUCCAGAUUAGUUGACGGUGCACUUGUGGUCGUUGAUGUUGUAGAGGGAGUAUGCACACAAACAAUCGCAGUACUCAGGCAGGCGUACCAAGACCGUCUUAGACCAAUAUUGGUCAUAAACAAACUCGAUCGUCUCAUUACGGAGCUUCGACUCGCACCAAUAGAGGCCUACCACCACCUCACGCGACUUAUCGAGCAGACAAACGCGGUCAUGGGGAAUUUCUUUGCGGCAGAGAGGAUGGAAGACGAUCUUAGAUGGAGGGAAGGGCGCGAACGUCGCUUGGCGGAAAAGAAAGAGCAACACGCCGACGAAACAGACGCGUUGGUUAACGAUGGAGACGAGUUUCAGGAAAGGGACGACGAGGACAUAUAUUUUGCCCCCGAGCGAGGAAAUGUGGUUUUUGCAUCUGCUAUUGACGGAUGGGGUUUUCGGAUCGGAAAAUUCGCCCAGCUGUACGCGGCGAAAUUAGGAGUCAAAGAGGGCAACUUGCGACGGGUGCUUUGGGGAGAUUUCUACCUGGACCCCAAGACGAAGAGAGUGAUCAGUUAUAAGCAUCUUCGCGGCCGAGCACUCAAGCCGCUCUUUGUGCAGUUCGUGCUGGAGAAUAUUUGGGCUGUUUAUGAUGCUGUUGUCUUGAACCCGAACUCUGAAAAAAUUGCCAAGAUCGUAGCAACGCUGAACUUGAAAAUCUCACCUCGAGACCUGAAGUCGAAAGACACGCGUCAUCUCCUGUCGCUCAUCUUUUCGCAAUGGCUGUCAUUGUCUACGUGCAUAAUACAGGCAGCAAUUGAUAUUGUUCCAGCACCUUGCGUUGCUCAGGCCAUAAGGCUACCAAAAAUGCUCUAUCCAGACUUUCACGAGGAAACGAACGUUCCGAAGAAUAAAUCAGAAGAAGACCUCUACACUGCCAACUCUCAGCCAAAUGCUCUCAUGUGCGCCUAUGUCAGUAAAAUGUUCGCUGUGUCAACCAGGGAUCUGCCGGAAAACAAAAAGAAAACACUGACAGCAGAAGAGAUGCGUGCUAAGGCCGCCGAAGCGAGACGAGCCAGGGAGUCGCGACCUCAGGAGACCGAUCUCACUUCGCAAGGGUUGGAGGCAACGUCAAGCAUCAACUACACUCCCGAUACUGCCGCCGAGGACAUCAAUGAACAGGCAGAAGAAGAACCAGAAGAGGACGUUGAAGUUAUUCUAGGUUUUGCACGACUCUAUUCAGGCACUAUCCGUAUGGGUCAGAAAGUAUAUGUUGUACUGCCAAAGUACGACACAGCUCUAGAACCGACAAAUGCUCAAAACCAGCAGUUCCUGGCCGAGGCGACUGUUGAAGGUUUAUACGUGAUGAUGGGCCGAGAGCUUGCCUUGACGGAUACGGUACAAGCGGGAAAUAUAUUCGCUGUCCGAGGAUUAGAAGGCAAGGUAGGGAGAAGCGCGACGCUCUGUGCGCCAGGAGAUGUGGAAAGUAACGAAACACAAAAUGUGAAAGACUCCUUGUUCAAUCUCGGUCGUGUCAAUCGUGUAAUCGCCCCCAUUGUCCGAGUUGCGUUGGAACCAGCCAUGCCGGCUGACAUGCCAAAGUUACUGGCAGGUAUGAAACUUCUCAGCCAAUCAGAUCCGUGUGUAGAAACGUUCCAACAACAAACUGGUGAACAUGUCAUAGUGACUGCCGGAGAACUGCAUCUCGAGAGAUGCCUGAAAGACCUUCGCGAAAGAUUUGCGCGCACAGAAAUUCAUGUUUCAAAGCCUAUCGUGCCGUUCCGUGAGACCGCUGUCAAAGGAAUUGACAUGGCACCCACUAAAAGUCCGGGUGCAACCCGAGGGACGAUUAAAGGCUCCACCUCUCAGGGAACCAUUAAUUUCACAAUUCGUGCAAGCCCGCUCCCAGAACCUAUCCGAGACUUCCUUCUGCAGAACUUGGCGACUUUGAAGAAAGUGCAGCACCAGCUAGACCACAAGGCUGACGGGCAGAUCGGACAACUCCGAGCAGAGGAAUUCGUCAAUGAAAAUCGCGGAGAUAUCACUCGGGACUCAGAAGUAAGGCCGGAUCAGUUUUGGACAUCUCUGCAACACGUGUGUCGGGAGGUCGGCGGUGAAUGGGACAAUAUUGUAGAUAGGAUAUGGGGAUUUGGACCUCAACGGGCGGGCAGUUGUCUCCUGAUUGACUCACGAAAACUCUCAGGGGAACGGUCCCUGAAGCGUAGACUUGAGCGUUUAAAGUCUGAUGAUACCGAUACAGCCACUGACAGAGUUGCCAUUGACUUUGAUGGCCACAUAGAAACUGGUUUCCAGCUUGCAACAUUCCAAGGUCCGCUCUGUUCAGAGCCCGUCGAAGGUCUUGCAUAUUUCGUCGAAAGCCUCGAAGUCGAUCAAGAGCGUCUCACUGCAGAGAUUGCUCAGAAUCGUUUGACGCAGCUAUCUUCGGCAUUGAGCUCAGCUGUCCGGGAUGCCUGUAGAAAUGGACUGUUAGACUGGUCCCCGCGCCUCAUGUUAGCGAUGUAUUCGUGUGACAUACAAUGUUCAAGUAAGCACCGAUGAGGAGGAGUUUCAAUACGGUGGCAUGAUUUGAUUUUCCCCUAUCAUAGCCGACGUGCUUGGGAAGGUAUAUGGAGUUGUAGCACGAAGGCGAGGACGAAUUGUCGCUGAAGAAAUGAAGGAAGGAACAUCUUUCUUUACAAUCUCAGCCUUGUUGCCUGUAGUCGAAAGUUUUGGAUUCGCAGACGAUAUACGGAAGCGAACUUCAGGUGCUGCGAGCCCGCAGCUCAUUUUUAAAGGCUAUGAGUUGCUCGACCAAGAUCCCUUCUGGGUGCCAACGACCGAGGAAGAGUUGGAGGAUUUGGGCGAAAAGGCGGACCGAUCAAAUAUUGCCAAAGGAUAUAUGGACGCCGUUCGGGAUAGGAAAGGGUUGUUCGUGGAUCGAAAGAUCGUGGAGUUCGCGGAGAAACAGCGAACUUUGAAGCGAUGAGAACGGGUGGGCAUAAGGAGAACGGCAACCUAGCGAUUUCACAGAUUGUCGCCAAAAUAGGACAGUAUUUGUACACACUUUCUCAAUGAUUUGGGACAAGAAUAGACCAAAGAUAGCAAUGUAUUACAUAAUACGGUUA